CAAACCCCGUAUAAAAUACGUUAUCACGAACCUUCCUCUCCACCCCUUGUUUGCAAGUUACCGUAUAUUAUUAUUAUCAUCAAACCCUAAUUUCAUCUUCAUCUAAUCACCUGUUUUCGAUCUCAAUCGAUCUUCUUUCACUGGAUGGCUUCUGGAUCUUCAAAAGGCUUUGAUUUUGCAUCCGAUGAUAUCCUCUGUUCAUACGAAGAUUACGCUAAUCAAGACCAAUCCAACGGCUCUCACUCUGAUCCCGCAAUCGCCACUAAUUCCAACAAAGAAUUUAACAAAAGUAGAAUGGCGAGAACAUCAGUGUUUCCGAAUUCGUCUUACAGUCCACCAGAUGAUUCCGGUAACCAGGAAGUGAUUAUCAUGGCGGUCGAGAGAUCCAUGAAGAAACACACGGAUAAUGUUAUGCGGUUUCUCGAGGGUCUUAGUUCGCGUUUGUCCCAAUUGGAGUUAUAUUGUUAUAAUCUUGAUAAGUCGAUUGGAGAGAUGCGGUCUGAUUUGACACGCGAUCAUGGAGAGUCGGAAGCGAAGCUUAAGUUUCUUGAGAAACAUGUUCAAGAGGUUCAUCGAUCAGUGCAGAUUUUGAGGGAUAAACAGGAGCUUGCUGAUACGCAAAAGGAGCUUGCGAAGCUGCAACUUGCGCAGAAAGAAUCAUCAUCCUCGUCUUCGCAGCAAAACGAGGAGGGAUCUUCAACACCAGAUGGUAGAAAGAAGGAAAGUUCACCGGAUUCGCAUGGUCAGCAGUUGGCUCUUGUUCCUGCACCCCAACCGCAGAGGACUCCUGAGCCGGUGGCUCAACCGCAGCCCCAGGCUUAUUAUUUACCUCCAGCACCGUUACAGGCCCCUGCACAGGUUAAUCAGACUCAAUACCCGCAGUCGCAACUGCCACCAACUCAACCGCAGCAACCACCACCGUCGCAGAUUCACCAGGUACCGCAGUAUCAGCAGCAGUGGACACCGCAACCACAGGUGCAACCACAGGUGCAACCACAGCCGGGUAUGCAACCUGCGACCCGACCCGCAUCACCUCAAGUUUACCCUCAGUACCUCAUGACUCAACCACCGGUGAACCCUUCUCCUGAACCAGCACCAAACAGUAUGCCGAUGCAAAUGCCCUACUCCGCCAUUCCCCCGCCUGGCUCUAGCCAACCAGUGAGUUACUCGUAUGGCGGACCAGUCCGUGCCCCUCAGCCUCAGCCUCAACCCCCGCCACAGCAACAGCCACCGCAGCAUCUGAAGCCAGGCUAUGGAGGACCGCCAGGUGAUGGUUACACCUCUGGUGGUGGGCCCAAUGCAUACAUGAUGUAUGAUAACGAACCAGGAAGGGUUCAACAUCAUAACCAAGGUGGUCAGUUUUACCCACCGAAUCAGCCGCAUCAAAGCGGUGGUGGCGGCGGUGGUGGUGGUGGGAUGAUGGCACGUCCAGCGCAGCAGUUUAUGCACAACCAUCCGUACAAUGAACUGAUUGAUAAACUGGUAAGCAUGGGGUAUCGUGGUGAUCAUGUUAUGAGUGUGAUUCAGAGGCUGGAUGAGUCUGGACAGACUGUUGAUUUCAAUGCGGUUCUUGAUAAGUUGAAUGGGCAUCCGUCUCAGAGAGGGUGGUCUGGUUGAUACGGGUAUGACUGUGUGUUGGUUUGUGUGUUUUGAAUAAGUUAUUUUAAAUGUGAUUUGGUGUUGACGAUGGUUGUAUGAACGGGGAGGGAUGUUUUAGUUUCUAAUCUCUGUUUCUGUGGUGGUUGGUAUGUAUGUACCCUGCGUUGCUAUUUGCUAGUUCUUGACUGGUGUUAUUAUAGAGAAUGCUAGUUCUUGACUGGUGGUGCUAUUAUAUGACUUUGUUUCAGCAUUUGAAAAUAAAGAGGUUAUUCGUGUAAGUUUCCAUUUUGUGAAA